AUGUCUGAUGACUUGGCGGUUUCCUGUACCUCCUGCGGUGCGGCGAAGCCAGCUGCACCUCCGGCUUUUCCUAACGACCCUCUUCAUCAAGCUGCUUUGAGCGGCGAUAGCCAGCGCCUGCGAGCACUCGUAUCCGAAGGGGCUGAUCUGUCUGCCGUUACCACCGUGAGGGGCUGGACAGCGCUUCACCUCGCCGUUCAAUCAGGAGGCGAAGAAGCCGUCACAGCCCUACUCGACGCCGGUGCCAAUGCUUCUGCGGCGACAAGUGAUGGCGUGACGCCUUUGCACAAUGCUGCUGCUGGGAGAAGAGUAGCGGCAACCAAGUUGCUUCUGGACGCAGGAGCGGACGUCGACGCACGCAACAUUAACGACGAGACGCCGUUACAUGUGGUAGCUCUGUUCGGAAACACACAGAUAGCUAAGCUCCUGGUGGACUCGGGCGCAGACGUAUCAGCGAAAGACUGUUACGGAAACACACCGCUUCACAUCGCUGCCGCGCAUGAGCUUCUCGACAUUAUCCAGAUCCUUCUGGAUGCUGGUGCCGACAUGAACGCGGUCAACAACAAUGGAAACCCCGUACUGCACCAUGCUCUAUCCGAUUCCCCGGCUGGGGCAAAAUUUCUCAUUCAGGCAGGGGCGAAAACCUCUCUCCGUGGUCAAUUUGGCGCAACACUGAUGCACAUGACAACCUACUCCGAGGGUUUGUUCGACGUUCUUCUCGCUCGGGAUGCUGAUCUUGAGGCGGUUAACGACAAUGGGGCAACGCCACUCUGUCGUUCAGGUGCGGCCGGAUCACCCGCCGCCCUUAGAUCACGCGAUUGGGGUGAGUUGGUGAGCAAGGUGAGCUAG